AUGUUGACAAUACGACGAAGAUUACGGGAUAUAUCAGAUCCAUUUUCUAUGCCGGAAAAUGAAUUUCGGAGUCUUUAUAGUUUAUCCAGAGAAGUUGUACGAGUGCUUAUUGAUGAUCUACGUCCUUUCUUACCUGCUCCAAGAAGACGUAAUGCAGUUCCUGUUGAAUUACAAGUUUUAAGCGCAUUAAAUUUUAUAGCUUCUGGUUCGUAUCAAAAGCGAGUUGGCCAAGACUAUUUAUCUUGUAUAAGUCAACCUACUGUUUCUAAAAUUCUUCGCAAUGUAGUCAAUGCGUUAAAUAUAUUGAUGGAAGAAUGCAUCAAGUUUCCCAUUCAAGAAAGAGAAGUUCAACAGAUUAAAGAAACUUAUUGGACACGUACACAAUUUCCUGGCAUUAUUGGAGCUAUCGAUGGAACUCACGUAGCAAUUGUUCCACCAAAUAGAGAAAGGGAGCAUCUCUAUAUUAAUCGCAAAUUGUAUCAUUCACUGAAUGUACUUCUUGUAUCAGAUUACGAAGGUCGAAUUUUAACUGUAAAUGCUGCUCACGGCGGAAGAACGCAUGACGCAAGAGUUUGGAGAGCAUCUCUUGUAUCGAAUCAUCUGGAAGAGAUACACGCUGCAGGGCGAAGAGAUGCCUGGCUUUUAGGUGAUAGUGCAUAUCCUUUACUACCAUAUUUGAUGACACCUAAGCUACAUGAACCAGAAGGAACGCCAUCCGCAAGAUACACUCAACAUCAUGUCCGAGCUCGGUGCUCUGUUGAGCGAUGCAUAGGUGUUUUAAAGGGGAGAUGGCGAUGUCUUAGGAAAGAAAGAGCUUUACACUAUGCUCCAGAAGUUGCAGCCCGAAUAGUCAACGCUACAUGUGUUCUACAUAAUAUCGCUGUUCAUUGGAGGCUUUCAGAACCAGAGCUAUAUUAUGAUGAAAUAGAUCAGGAACUUCCAAUAAGAAAUGAAGAUGGAAACAUGGAAAAUGGAAAUGAAGUUCGCGAGCGGAUCAUUCAUAUGUAUUUUGACAAUUAA